GUAUUGCUUAAUAAACUGCUUUCGAUAAUAAAACUAUCGAUAAUUCUUUAUCAUUAGAUUUUAGCAUCAAAACGUGGUCAAAUCCGUCAAGAUGCAGAUUCCACCGAUUUUUAUGGAAUUACCUUUAGAUGAUCAGGCGCAGGAGUUACGAGCAUAUUUCAAAAGUCUUGGAGCUGAGAUCAGUGAAGAAAAAUCUCCCAAAGGAAUAGAGGAUGACUUACAUAAAAUCAUUGGCGUUUGUGAAGCUUGUUUUAAGGAAGGAAAUGAAAAUGAAAUUGAAACUGUAUUAAAUGAUAUUGUUUCUAUCAUGAUAUUAAUACCUACUGAAAGAGCAGAAAAUUUAAUAUUAGCAUUUUGUGAGAAGCUUACAAAAGCACCAGGUUAUAAAUUAGGCUUGGUGUGUUUAAAAGCUUUAUGGCUAUUGUUUCAAUCUCUUUCUGAUGAUUCACCAAUGAGAUACCAUGUCUAUUAUCAUUUAGUGCAAAUAGCUCGUAAUGUAGACCAAGUAAAAGCAGUUUAUGGAGGGAUUGAUCAAUUGAAACAACAAUUUGCAUCAUUUCCUCCAUCCAAUGAACAAAUGCAAAAAUUAUUGCGUUUGCUACAUGAAGUACUUCUUAGUUGCAAACAAGGAGAGCAAGCAGCUGCUGUAAUGGUAGAACUUCUUGGAACAUAUACAGCAGAAAAUGCUUCUGCUGCAAGAGAAGAUGCUCAACGUUGCAUUUUAGCUGCUCUUGCAGAUCCAAAUACAUUUUUACUCGAUCCAUUAUUAGCCUUAAAGCCUGUACGAUUUUUAGAAGGAGAACUGAUUCAUGAUUUAUUGCUCGUAUUUGUACAAGAAAAAUUACCAGCAUAUCUACACUUUUAUCAACAUCAUAAGGAAUUUGUUGAGCAUCAACUUGGCUUAAAUCAUGAGCAAAAUAUGAAGAAAAUGAGGUUAUUAACAUUCAUGCAAUUGGCAGAAACAAAUCCAGAAAUGUCAUUUGAUACUAUUCAAGAAGAAUUACAAAUUAAUGAAGAUGAAGUAGAGAACUUCAUUAUUGAUGUUUUGAAAACAAAACUUGUAAGAGCACGGAUGGAUCAAGCUGGCCGUAAAGUACUUAUUUCAAGUACAAUGCACAGAACCUUUGGAAGGCCACAAUGGAUGCAAUUACGAGAUUUACUUGUUGCCUGGAAGGCCAAUUUGUCUGCUGUCCAAGAUGCUAUGAAAUCUGUAGCUGCUGCACAAAUGGAACUUGCAACAAAAAAGAAAGAGGGCGAUGUAUAAGUAUACUUGGUCUUCACAGUGGUAGUACCUACUAUCCUCUACAAACAUUUUUUAUAUAAGAAUUGGCACUUGCCUUAUAUAGAAUGAAUGAAAAUAAUAUUUAAAUGAAAUAUAUAUUAUUAUUUUCAGUUAUAAUUUAUUAUUACUUUCGGGUUAUAUAUCAAAAUUUCAGUUCUUGAUUUUUUUUUUAUAUCAGUAGAGAAUUGUACACGAAGUAUACAAGAGAGUCGCGAGAUAAUUGAAUAAAAUAAUUUACUAAUAAUUUGAACAGAAUAUAUGUGAAAUACAGAGGAAACAAUAUUAUUAUUGUGAAUAUUCGUACUUUUUAUUAUCACAUGGUAAUGAUACAAAAUAUCAUUUGUACAAUUGUAUAUGCAGUAGAUAUAAUACUUUAUUAAAAAUUUAUAACACAAACAAAAAACCUCAACAUAUGUAAACUAAAUUAAUAAAACAAUAGAUAGCACAUACA